CCGUUAAGUUGUUCGAUGUGCUUCUGGGGGGGAUGGUGGGUUGAUUGUAGACAAAACGACGUCUGGGAGAUUGAAACUACAGAUCGUGUCUCCGCUGCUUCUUCUUUCAAUCCGAUUUCAGACAACCUUUUUCCUCGGACAGAAGAUUUCAUUUUAUUUUUUUCAGCCCUAUAGUGUUAUUCUGCACCAGAGGUUAAUCGCCGCACUGCAAGUUGGAGCAGUCGUGAAUAUUUGUCUCGGCAUUAAGUAUUAGUACAUAAAUCAAUAUGGCUGAUACCAGUUCAAGGACUGAUGCUUCAACUGAUGGCGACACAGAUCCUAGAGAUCUGGGGUCCGAGAGAGGGCAAAUGAUGCUUGCCGGUGCUUCUGAUUCCAGUGAUCGAUCAAAAGAUAAGUUAGAUCAAAAGACCCUUCGUAGGCUUGCUCAAAAUCGUGAGGCAGCAAGGAAAAGUAGACUGAGGAAGAAGGCGUAUGUUCAGCAGCUGGAGAACAGCCGAUUGAAGCUGACUCAACUUGAGCAAGAGCUGCAAAGAGCAAGGCAGCAGGGAGUUUUCAUCUCAAGCUCUGGAGACCAAGCCCAUUCUACAAGUGGAAAUGGGGCUUUGGCAUUUGAUGCCGAACAUUCACGAUGGCUUGAAGAAAAGAACAGGCUAAUGAACGAGCUCAGAUCUGCUCUGAAUGCUCACGCUGGUGAUACCGAGCUCCGGACAAUUGUGGAUGGAGCGAUGGCUCACUAUGAGGAGCUUUUCAGGAUUAAGAGCAAUGCAGCUAAGAACGAUGUCUUCCAUUUACUAUCUGGAAUGUGGAAAACGCCAGCUGAGAGAUGUUUCUUGUGGCUUGGCGGGUUCCGCUCAUCCGAACUUCUCAAGCUUCUUGCGAAUCAGCUGGAGCCAAUGACGGAACGACAGGUGUUGGGCAUUAACAGCUUGCAGCAGACCUCCCAGCAGGCUGAAGAUGCGUUAUCUCAAGGGAUGGAGAGUUUACAGCAAUCUUUAGCUGAGACUUUGUCUAGUGGAACUCUUGGUUCAAGUUCGUCUGAUAAUGUUGCGAGCUACAUGGGUCAGAUGGCCAUGGCGAUGGGGCAAUUAGGCACACUUGAAGGCUUUAUACGCCAGGUAUCUCUGUUUGUUAUUGGAGUUCAUAGGGCAUGCAUUUCUUGGUGACAGGCUGAUAACUUGAGGCUGCAAACACUGCAACAGAUGAUUAGAGUGUUGACAACGCGUCAGUCAGCUCGUGCUCUUCUUGCUAUACAUGAUUAUUCAUCUCGACUACGGGCCCUUAGUUCCUUGUGGCUUGCCAGGCCAAGAGAGUGAACACACAAGAAUUGUGCGUUGCUCAGCUCUAUACAUAAUUGUACGGUAGGGACACUCCUUCCAAGAGAGAGAGAGAGAGAUCACAAAGCAAGGCCUUCUCAGAUUCUUACCAAAAGCAAUAUUUUGGAAAGCAGAUUUUGAAAUAGUUUCCUGAGAUCCUCAGACUUAGAUUGUUGUGUGUUGUAAUCUUUAGCCAAUCAGGUUGUGUUAGUUUCUAAAGAGUGAAUGUUUAUAGUCUUUGAACAUUGAGAGCUUGUAGAACAUCAGUGUAAUAUCUUAGCAACCAAAACAUGACAGAAGAUGGGAUACUUUCAGGAAUUUAGAUUGUAUUAUCAUCAUAAGUCAAAUAGACAUUCAGUUUA